UAUGUUCUCGGGCUGCAUGGACAGCCAGACCUCCGCGGACGUGAAGGACGUUUCCAAGUUCGGGCUGCCCGACGCGGACGGGGCCGGCGGCGCUUGCACGAACGCCAUGCUCCUUACAGCGAUGAAGCAAGAAAGAAGAAGCGACGAUGGGAUGGUAGGUGGGCGUUGCUGGUGCUGCUGCUGUACUCACAGACGGGAAUCAUUUGGGUGUCGCGUUUGAUCGAGGUCUGGCCUCGAGUGCUGAGCGUAUCCUGACUGCUAUACUUCGAGUUGGGCUAGCUCUGCUGCUGCCACAACAACGGUGUGCGCUCGGUGCUUUUCGGUGUGCAGACUCUUCCGCCUGCCUGACUAUUCCCCACCAAGAUACUGUUGCGUAUUUGGCUCUGUCUCUUGCGCCAAUGCUGAUCCUUUGGUGCUACUCGUGUGUUCGGUUGGCGUUCACACCACCCCUCCCUGCCAGAGUGACGACCACUCCGACUCGU